CCUUAGCCGCUCGCGUCACUCGCACACUUGCUUGCACACCGCCCACCCGCCACUGCGGCCCUCGCCCGAGCCCCGAGCUCCCUCAACCACCUCCCUUCUCCCAUCACCCUCCCCCGGAGGAUCGGAGACCGCGAGGGCACCUUCAUCUGCGGCUGCAAGGAAGCCACGCUCCCAUUGCUCGAGGCUCCGUUCGUCCUCGUUUCUCCUCUUCAUUCCUCUGCAUGCGCGCGCAAUUGUCUUCGCCUCAAGCCUGAAGCUGCUCCAUUUCUCUUCUUCGUCGCCCAGGCCACUACAGACUGGUACUAGCAUCCUCGCGGCAGUCGCCAUGCCUCCAAUUGCGGCGGCGUCUGCUCCGACCUCGCUUCUUCCGCUCCAGGGGAUUAGGGGAGGACAAUGCUGGGGAGAACGAUCUCUACGCGGUUCACAAUCUCACAGGGCUAUACGCGGCUCCACUAUUUCUGCCAGAGCUUCUAUGAACAUAACCUGUUGCGCAAACCAGACACAAACUGCGCAACGCAAAUCAUAUUCAGGACCUACCUCUCCACCAUCAGGUUCAGUGAAAGAAAAGGUGAAGCCAAGGCUUGAUGAUGGGGGUGUCGGUUUCCCGCCAUUCCGGUUCGGUGGUGGUGGUGGAGGAGGAGGCGGAGGGGGCAGCAACUCCUCCGGUGGGUUCAUCCUCUAUGUGAUUGUGCUGCUCCUGGAUUACCUGAGGGAGUUUGAGAGGAACCUGCAGAAUGGGUCACGAAGGGGUAGUGACUAUGAAAACGGGCUGGCACCACAAUAACUUGCGCUCCCUCUCAGUGGUUAGAGAGAGAGAGGGGGGGAGAGAGAGAGCGCAUGUUGUAAUGCGGAGACAUUUCGGCUAGGGAAUGUAUUGAAAGACUGAGAAUUGUUUUUUGAGAAAUGAUAGUGAGAAGUAGAAACUUUAGCCAUUUGAUUGAAUGUCUUAUGUUAAGAUUAAACAACAAAA